AUGAUGUAACAUUUAGCAUUUCUAGCCAGAGCAUAUCCCUCUACUGGAUCAGAGAUGUUGCUGCUGCUGCUCUUGACAUUCCAGAUCUUGGGGGGGUCCCUGUCCCAGUACCCAGAGUAUAAGCUAGAGGUCCCAGCAUCAGUGACAGUACAAGAGGGACUGUGCAUCCGGGUCCCCUGUGCUUUCUCCUACCCUUCAUAUCACAUGAUCCAUGACUCCCAGGCUUUUGGGUCCUGGUUCAAGAAGGGAGCCAACACUAAAAAAGACAAACCAGUGGUAACAAAUGACCCAAACCAGGAUGAGCAGGAGGAGGCCAGGGGGCGAUUCCAUCUUGUUGGGGACCCUAAGAAGAACAACUGCUCCCUGAGCAUUGUGGAUGUCCAGAAAAGGGACAGUGGGCAGUACUUCUUCCGGAUACACAGAGGACAGAGUUUGAAAUUCAAUUACCUAAGUUAUAUGGUUAAUGUGAGUGUGAAAGCUCUGACACAGAAGCCAGACAUCUACAUUCCAAGGACCUUGGACCCUGGACAGCUGGUGAAAGUGAUUUGUGUUGUUCCCUCAGACUUUGUGUGUGGGACGCCCCCUAUUUUCUCUUGGACAGGGGCUAUCCUCUCUUCCCAGAAAGUCAGCAGAGAAACAACCUAUUUCUCUGAGCUGACCCUUACCCCAAGUCUCCAGCACCAUGGCUCUAAUCUUACCUGUCAAGUGACCCUCCCUGGGGCCCAAGUAAGCACAGAAAGAACUGUUCAUCUCAGUGUUACCUAUAGAAAUGGUCUCCUCACAUUCUCUAAAGGGAUCUUUUUGGGAGCUGGAAUCAUAGCCCUUUUUGCCCUAUGUCUCAUUCUGGCACUUGUGAAAUUCCUGAGGAAGAGGCAGGUAGAGGACUCAGACCCCCAGGACAGCAAGGAAGUGGAUAAUAUCCAUCAGGUCUCUGAAGGGGUCCCUUUGGAUCAACACAGGGGUCCCAGGUUGCCUCUGCCUAGCCCAGCCACUUCGGAACCCUCAAAGGAGAUUCACUAUGCAUCCCUUAACUUCAGAAGAAUCAGUCCUUGAAACAACCUGGAGAGCCAGAACCCAGAGAACUGAGAUGCCCAGGACCAGUGCUCAGAGAUUGUUUCAAUGAGGUGGCAUCUGGGACUCAUGGGGUGGGAAGUCAAAUGAAGAAGAUACAAUCUAAUUCUAUUCCUGGAAGGAGCUCACUCUGUCUGGAAACCCACUCCUCAGAUCCUUCUCUGAUCUGCCCAAUGACAUUGAGAUAACCUGACAACAAAGUCUCCUUUCCUUUUGGACAGCCUAGCCCCAGGAAGCAAAGGAGUAGGCUGCAGAGAAGGCAUUUUACAAGAAGUCAUGUCCUGUUCUCACUAGGGCAUUUGUCCAGAGGACAAAACCCUUGUUAUCUGAGUCAGGGUCAUAGAGCAUAGAAUCUCAGUGUUGGGGGAAGGGGGUCCCUUGUAUAACAUGUUUUCUGGCACUACCAUCCCAAUUCCCACUUGCACUGAGUUGGGUCCCCAGAGCCUGGCUACUCCAUUUCCUCAUAUCCCUGAUGGAUUGGAGUUGUUUUCUUUUCCUUCUUUCCCUAUUUCUUUCCUUCCUUCUUUC